AUGGACAACAAUCCUGCCAAAGCAUCGAUCAAGCCGUCUUCCUUUGUCGAGCGUCUCGCACCGGAGCUCCAGCUUCAUAUUUUGUCCUGCCUGCCAAACGUGGCCGAGAUCCUAAAAUGUCGCCAGGUCAACAGCUACAUGCAGCGACUCAUCGACCUCGAGGAGAACCAAGCCAUCUCAUCUGAAGUCAUCAUCUCAAUGAAGCAGCGCGAGCUAGAGCGUGUUGUCAGCCUUACUUCUGACUACGACAUUGAUGCGGUGGAUGAGGAUGGCAACCCAUGCGGUUUCCUAAAUGCACUUGUCGCGUUCAACAAGUACCGUGGUCUGUCCAGGGUAUUUUGCUUCGACUACUCUAUGCUCCAUCAAAUGUUCGCCGAGCACUGGUGGACCAAGCAUCCAGGCAGUCAGGGACAAGAUGCGGAAUCACACGGCGACGCGAUUAACAGCAUUUUCCACGCGAUCGUGGCCAUACACAGCAUCCAUAUAAUGUAUCACGUCAACAAGAAUUUCAAGAAGGGAAUCCUUGAAACCUGGACACAAUCUCUAUCUAGUCCUGAGACCAUGUCAGUGAUGCGCCUGAGUUCUACCGAGCAUGUAAACUUCAUUGUUGAGCGUGUCGCUGCUGGAAUCUUUUCGGACUCUGCGCCUUUCGAAGAGGCCUGCGAGUAUGCCAUCUGCUGUCACUACGACGCACCAAAGGAUUGGCUGCAGAUCAAAGGCUCGGAGAAGGAAAUGAGCCUCAAGCUCGCGAAGCGCCGCGCCAGCAAACGUCUUGAGGCUGCCAAUGAGGAGAGCAAUGAAGAUGCGACUGCGCACGCGCGAGCUGCGGACCGAGUCAAGAGUGGACAGGCGAAAGUGAACCAGUCCACCAAUCGAUUCGCUAUCUUCGAGCAAGACGAAGAGAUUGAAGCCGAGGAAGACGAAGCUGAUCCUCAGCAUGGCGCACAGGACUCUGAGGAUGAGUACUCAAUCGAGGUUCUCUUGUCUGACGAUGCUUGGUUUCGGCAGCAGGAGGCUAAGGAAUGGCUGACUGACCAAUUCGGAGUCAUCUUUGGAGUGCCUGAACUACCUGCUUCUCUUCCAUUCGCUUACUUUGCGAAGACACAGUGGGCAUAUAAUAGCAUCGCGGACGCAGCGAUGGGCAUUAAGCAUCUGACACCGUUGGAGCAGGCGGCUGUGCUUGAGGAUGUAGCGAUCUUCUAG